AUGACUGUCAUACCACCCGUGAAAAUAUUCUAUCUGCGAUUAAAUAAUGCCUUUUCAGGUCUUUCCGAGGACACAGAUUCCGUCAUCGCAAUAGUUUACGUUGAUGUCAAUGAGUAUCCUCACGACUCCAAUUUGACCAUUUCCAUCCUGCUUGAUGUGCUGCUAAUGCACCACCGCAUCUUUAAACCCAAACUCCAUCUACAAAUUGACAAUUGUUGGAGGGAGAACAAGAAUCGCUACAUUCUUUCAUUCUUGUUCUUCCUUGUGCAUAUAGAUGUUUUUGAAGAGGUAUCUCUGAACUUCUUACCAGUUGGUCAUACGCAUGAGGAUGUUGAUCAGAUGUUCAGAUGUAUCAAUACAGCCAUUUCUUCCUGCGGCAAUAUCAAUACUCUGGAUGAAUUCAUGGAUAGACUGACGGACAAAGACACAUUCUCGCCUAAGAUUGAAGUACAUAAUGUACAAAGUGUGUUCAACUGGCGUGACCACAUAAUUCCAUUCUUGCCUGUCAACUUCAGUGGCCAAUCCAAGCCACACCAGUUCAAAUUCAGGAAAGUAGAUGGGCAGGCAAGGAUGCGCUAUCGCCUGUGGGCUGAUGACCCGUGGAGCCCUGAGGGACCAGGCAUGACAUGCCUUGAGGCUUCCCAGAUAUAGCUGACGAACAAGCAGUGGUUGAACCCAGCACCGAGCGAAUGGAGCUGGACGAGGUCCGCAAAGGCGUCAAGGCUCUCGGGCCAAGACUGGUGUCCCGAGAUCACCAGUGGUGGGACCGCUACUUCCUAGCACUGGAAAAUCCUAACGUCAAUGACAAGGAAUGGCCGCUGCCCAAAAUCAGCCAAACGAUCGGCUUUUGGAAAAUUGAUGAAGAUAUGACAGACGUACCGCAGCAUCUGUUGGAGAUCAGAUCCGGCCUCACACAACAAUGCCCAGCGGUGAUCAUUGGUAAUCAAGGACAAAUGCCGGCAAUUCAAGAGGUAGAUCGAACAAAAAUUGAGAUUGGUGAUCUGGCGGCAAUAUACACCGUGGAAAAGGAGGGUAGACCAUGGAUCGCCAAGGUGAUUGAUAUCAAUGAGGACACGAUCAAGAUUCAUUGGUUCCAUGGGUCUUGGAAUGGAGUUUGCCGGCCAUGGUACAACAACAUCAGCAAAAAGCAAGUACCACGGCUGGAUGAAGUUCAU